UGCGUCUAGCGAGCAUCUAGCAUCUAGCAACAUUGUGAAACCAGUUGCGUUUUUCAUCGUGCUUUCGAGAAGUUGUGCUCUUGUGUCCUUCAACACAAGUUACUUCACAAAGGCUUAAAAGCAAUCCCCUAGAUAUCAAAUUAUCACAGUAUGCCACGCCAACGGAGAUCUGCUCCAGCACCUGCCUUUAGGCGGCCGCCAGCACCCCCGGCUCGUCAAGCAGCUGCUCCACCGCCUCCAGCACGAGCACAGCAAACCCAGCCCGUACCUGUCCAGCCACAUCCACCAGCACCAAUGCAGGCCCAGCCCCAGCAACCUGGCAUGUUUGCUCAGAUGGCCACAACAGCCGCCGGUGUCGCCGUGGGAUCAGCUGUGGGUCACACGGUCGGCCAUGCGUUGACUGGUGCAUUCAGCGGAGGAGGUUCUUCCGAGGCUGCCGCCCCUGCAGCAGCGGCGGCUCCAGCAGCAGCUCCAGUUCAGCAGCAGCAACUUAGUGGUCCGUGCCAGUACGAACUGAGGCAGUUCUUGGAAUGUGCUCAGAACCAGCAUGACAUAUCUCUAUGCGAUGGUUUCAAUGAAGUGCUCAAGCAGUGCAAGUUGCAAUAUGGUGCUGCCUUCUGAGGAAGACACUUCUAGGUAGUCAAUAUUGGAGGACUGUAGAGAGACAUCAGAUUCAACUAAGCUCCUACUGUACUUCCUACAGCAUUCUUAGUCAUGAAACACUGUCCUGUGACCCAUGUGCUAGGAAGCAGCAGAAUAAAUCCUGUGUACACAAUA